CUUAUGAGCUUUUAUGUAUUUCUGUAUUCUUUGAUAUUAAUUGUAAAUAUUUUUUUUCGACCGAUACACAUCUGCUGAGAAUCAACAAAUACACACUGUCUAGAUAAAAGGUUAUGAAGAAACAAAUAAAAGGUUUCAUUUUUUAAAAAUAUUGAAAAAUAAUUGAACAUGGAGACGUUUUUGAAUAUUAAUUGGGGUACUAGUUUUACUGAUAUUGUUGAUAAUGAAUUUAUUAAUGGAAAAAGAUUAUUAAAAGAAAGCGUAACGCAUAGAUUGUUAAAUGGAGAUUUUAAAAAUCCAUUCAGUCACAUGGAUGAAGAUUAUGAAGCAGUUAAAAUAGAUAUGACAGAAAUCAGUGAUGAUAGUUCAGAAGAAAACGAAACUCCGUUUUCUUUUGAAUUUCCAAUGUCUGCUUUGACUGCUGAGGAACAAUAUAUAUGUUUACGUACGAUAAUGAAAUUUAAUCGUAAUGAACUCCCAAUCAUAACCCCUGAAGACAAACAAGAUUUAUGUACCUUUAAUAAGAAGAAAAAUAUCAUAAAGAAGGAACAAGAUCUAUAUUUGAAGAUUGUUGAAAAGAUAUGGAAAACAAAUAAAUGGACUAAGAUUUAUUGUGAGAAUUUUUUUAACGCAAAAUGGAAAGAUAAAUUUAACAAUGUUCAUGCAUUACCAACAUAUUAUCUCAAAGUAACAAAUAUUCCUCGUAUUUUGGAUGAAGAAAUCAACGUAAAAUUUGUAUCUACUUGCUUAACUAAGGGAAAACUACCAGAAAUAAAAUUGCCGUCUCUGACUAAACCUUUUAAAUUAGAUUGCAAUUGUAAAAGAUUACAAAAAUAUUUUCCAAUAUUAAAUAUAUCGUGCAAUCCAUCGAUGCAUUUCAAAUUACCUGUAAGCGAAGAUCCAAGUUGUAUAUCGUUAGCACAAGACAAUGAAGUUGAUUUAGUUAUUUCAUCAAGCGGUCUAAAAUAUUUAGCAAAUGAUGAUAGUGGGCGAACUCAAUUAAGAAGAUGGUUGUUACCUGUAACGAUUAAACAUUCUAAUGGGAAAAAUAUUAUAUAUGUUAACAAACCAACACCACCGAUUCAGGCUACUGUGCCAGAAAAAAAUCGUUAUGUAUUCAAAUAUAUUUUAAGGAAAACUCUAUUUGAAUAUGAACCUGUAUCUGAAAAGUCAAAUAAUACUAAAAUAUAUGACGAUGAUAUGUUCGGAAAUCUUCAUUCCGAUGAUUAUUUACAAUUGGAAGGAGAUCAAAGUAGUUUGCAUAGUAGAUCGACUAAUAGUUUGACUAAUAGUUCGACUAAUAGUUCGAUUAAUAGUUUGACUAACAGUUCGACUAAUAGUUUGCAUAGUAGAUCGACUAAUAGUUUGACUAAUAGUUCGACUAAUAGUUCGAUUAAUAGUUUGACUAAUAGUUCGACUAAUAGUUCGAGCAACACAGAACUUAUGGAAGAUUUAGAAAAUAAAAGUGUAAAUGUAGAUGUAUCGGAAUUAAAAGAAAGUGAUUACUUAAAUGCAUCCAAAUUAAAGGAAGAAAUGCAUAAUAUAGAAAAAGAAAUCCAAAAAGUAAAGUACGAUAUAAAAGCAAGUUACGUAUCAUAUAAUCUUUUUACAAUUGGACCAUUAUCCAACCAGAAAAAGAUUAAAGAGUAUAAAAUAUUAGUGCGUACAAAAGAACAUGGAUAUGAAACUUUAGAACAUAAUUCAGAGAAAUUAACAAGACAAAAACUAUUAUUAGUACCAAAAUUGGAGCAUCAAACUGCAUUUGGAGGAGAAGCUAUAACGUUAAACGAAGGAUUGAAACAAUGGAUAUCUUUAAUCUUUCGUCCUAACACAUCUAUUGCAAGAGUGAGAAUAUCAGUGAGCAAAGCAGAAAUAAUACAAAUACAAAAAUGCAAUGCCAAGACAAUUUCUAAUGAAGUCCAACGGCUUUAUAAUAAAAAUGUAAAUGUUUCAUUGAUUUUAUUAUAUAACAUGAUUAAAAGUUUAUCAUGUGCUUCUCCUGGUAAUUAUAUUAUUACAAACUCACACGAGAAAACUUCUUUCUGCAUUUACAAAGAAACAUCUACGAUGAUGGGGGAAGACCUUUUAGACCUAAGCUCAUUAUAUAAAUUUUCUCACUGUCGUACAAUACCUACUUUCUCGUGGCCUAAGUUGGACAAAUUAUGCAUAACGCCAUUACAUAAACGUUUAAAUAGAAUGCCACUUAUGUUUAUUCCCCGAAAAGGACACAAACGAAAGUUUGAAGGAAAAAGUAGUACAUCAAAAUAAAUAAAUCAAUCAAUAUUAAUAGAAUAUUAAUUUGAUGUACAUUUAUAAGUAACUAUUUUUACAUUUUAUAUAGAACAGAAUUUGUUCUGUUAUUGUAUCAAAAAGGACAAUGUAUAUUUAUGAAUGUAAAAAUAUACGAAAUAGUUUUAGUAAGACUUUUUAAUUAACAUGAAUUAUUUGAAUUGUAUACAUUAAUGAUACUAAUUGAUUGAUUGUCCUAUGUACGUGUUAUUUAAUACAAUUCUAACAUUGCUUCGAAAAUAAAUCUCUCUCUAUUGAACAAUAUAUGUAGGCACAGUAUUAUAUGUAUAAAUAUAUAAGUGUAUAUAAUAAAAAUAUAUAAAAUGUGUACAAAAUAUAAAUUCCUAUGUAUAAUUAAACUUUUGGACAUAGAAAAGAAUCUUUAACCAUGUGCUAAACAUCCAACUCUCACAACAAUCAAAUAUUGAGAUUCUAAAAAUGAUUUAUAUCAUUUAAUUAGUAGAUAAUAUCAUAUAUAUCAUGCUGAUAUUAUUAUAAACUGCAAAAGUUUACUUAUACUUUUUAUAAUCUUAUUACAUUGAAUGUUAUCUAAUCAGAAUUAAGUAGAAA